CACAAGAUAUCAUUUGUUGAACUGAGUUUUGAUGAUUUAUGAUUUGAUGAUAAUCAUCAUCAUCAACUUUAAAGCCUGGCGAUGUCAAAUCAGGUGAUUGUACUACAAGAUGGUUAUAGCCGUUGGCAUACAAAACCAUAUUCAAUGUUGGCUAAUGGUACAUCAACAUUGAUUCGUUUGAAUAAUGGACAGAAUAUUAUUGUCGACACAUUAGGUCCAUGGGACCGGGAUCGUUUGCUAAAACUUUUGCAAGAUAAUCGAAUGACAACCUCUGAUGUUAGCAUGGUUAUUGGUACACAUCUACAUACGGACCAUAUUGGUAAUCUAAAUCUUUUUCCACAAGCUGCACAAAUCGUUGGUGAUCAACGAUCAUCUGGUGAUUAUUUCGAAUUCGAUAUUUUUCGCGGACAGAGAUCACUACAGUUGACCGAAAAUGUUGAUCUGAUUUCAACACCUGGCCAUAUGCAUAACGAUGUUAGUGUGAUCUGUCGUAAUGUUGAGCGAUUCGGUACAGUGGCCAUUGUUGGUGAUUUAUUUGAAUCGUCUGCCGAUUUACAAAAUGAACAAUUGUGGAUUGACGCUGGAUCAAUGGAUCCCCCCAUACAACGAAACAAUCGUGAUUAUAUACUAUCAAUCGCAGAUUAUAUCGUUCCAGGGCAUGGUGGAAUGUUUAAAGUUCAAGAUUUUUUACAAAAAAAUCGUUAAUCAAAUUGAACAUUGUCAGAGUCUUGCAAAACAUAUUCUUUCUGUACUAUCUAUUUCGUUUGAAUAGAAGUAUUUUUAUUUGUUAAUUCAUUCAAAUGGACCAAUCUAGUGUUGUAAAAAAUCGAAAAAUUUGUUUAAA